AUGAGUGAUGUACCUCCAUCCGAUGCUUUUCCAGACCUUUGCAGUGCUGAUGAUCACAGUCAUUUUGGGCAGCAACAACAGCUGCCGGAUCCCCCACAAUCUGUUACUCCUGUGCGCAUUCUCCUGUAUGGUAGUUGCCCGAUUACCGUCACAGGCACCACCAUCUACAUCCCUCAGUCAAUAUAUCAGCUGUACACAGAGGCAGAUUGUGUCCGCUAUGUUGAGAAAGCCGACCUCAAGGAGCCCGUCAUCUUUAAGACAGCACAUCCUGACCAGUGGGGUAUAGCACUCAAUGACACCCUGAAAGCUAAGAUGAAAGACCUUCUCGAUAAAGAUGACAAUAUGGUCGAGAACUGCAGGCCCUGA